UUUAUAUUUUUGCGUAUGUAAUGUUAAAUAUAUUCGUUUUAAGAAUUAACUACAGAAAAUUAAUAACGAAUUAAACGUUUACACCCAAAUUACCGUCACGUUAAAUGUAUCGUUAAGUUAUAUACACCCUGGCAUCUACCUAGGUGGGGGUCGUGUUGGUGGGUGAGCGAAUUUGUUUGAAUGUUAGUAAAGGUGAGUUUGCGUGUACGUGCGGUGUCAGUUUUUUUUAAUGGGGUGGGAGGAAUUGCUAUCAAGGAGAGCAACACAAUAGUGUUAGUUGUGUUGGCGUGUUUUGUGACAUUGAGUUUGAUGCUGUCAGUAUGGCACUAGCCCUCUGAACUGCAACACUAUGUCAUUCGUGUUAGUGGCUGGUGUCGUGUCAUUUUUGUCUCUUCAGUGCCACAGCCAACGCCUAAACAGUAUUGCGGGGCCGUUUCGUGUUAUUCCUAAGCACGCUGAGCAUUGUCCAGAACAUCUAUUUGGGCAAAAAGGCGAAAUCGGCACAUGGGCUUUUUCAUUUGUGCGCGAUAGGCAAGAUGUCAACACACACUACGCUACCGGAAACUUCACUACCCUGUACUGGUUUGGAGACAACCUUAACGUCGAAUUGUCAUUCUCUUCAUGGUCAUCUAGAGGAGGUUGGAAAGAAAAUGCACUAGUUUUGAGAUUAAAACAUCUCUGUAAGACCGGGAAAACUUACAUGGCAAGACAAUGGAAGAACGCACAGCUUGCAAUUCAUCCAAACAACGCGUCAGCGGAUUGCCCGUUUCCACCAGGAAUGUACAAAGUUCGCAACGCAACUGUAGACCUAGGUGUCACACGUCAAUUCCCGGCCUUCUUCUACGGCAAAUGGCGCAUUGACGUCAAAAUCAUCGAGCCGCAAAACAACACUGGAUGCAUAUCAUGCUUGCGAGCCUUUGCAGAAGUGGUACCCCAGGUCUAUUUAGACAAAGGUAAAGCUGGAGCAAUGGGUGGUGCUGAAGGCAUCAAAGGCUUUCAAAACAACAGCGAUACCAAUGUCGACUUCACUCCAAUCGAAAUACCGAACGUGUGAGCUUCCUAUCCGUAUUUGGGCGAGCACAUAGGGAAAUUGUCAAAAAAAAAAGAUCUCGGGCAGCUUAAAACAGAUCGUUUUCGAGUAAUAUAGACGGUAUCUCAUUUUUACUGUGGAAGUUACAUUAUGUUCGAGCAUUAUUUAAUAAAAAGAGCAAGAGAAGACGUUUAA